AUGGCAGAUCGUAGAUUGACUGGUAGACGGCACAUGUGUCACUUCCGAACCUGGUCUGGCAGAAGACAGCAUCAAAAGUCUCUAAAAUUAAAACACAGACCAACUUUGCCUGACAGUACUAAGCUGAUUACAUGCCCCCUGCCUAAUGCACCAGAUAAAAGUGUGCUGCUGGGAAAUGCAAGCAAGAGAGAAUUCAUUAUGAAUCCUUGUGGAAAAUCACCAGUUUGUAUUUUACACGAGUAUAUUCAACACACAUUAAGAGUUCAACCAAAAUAUAUUUUCAAAGAAUUAGAAAAUGCAAGUACACCCUAUGGUGCUGUUGUGAUAAUUAAUGACAUGGAGUAUGGUUUUGGAUAUGGUAGCAGUAAAAAACAAGCCAAAUCUGAUGCAGCCAAAUCAGCUCUAGAAAUCCUCAUUCCAAAAAUGAAAAUGUUUACAUCAGAUGCACAAUCAGAUGAGCUUCAAGAUGUUGAGUUUUUUGAUGAAGUAAGGGUUGAAGAUCCAAGAGUAUGUGAAUUAUCAGUCAAAGCUGGUCAACCAUAUCCAUAUCAAAUUUUGUUGGAAUGUCUGAAGAGAAACUAUGGAAUGGGAGAUACUGAAAUUAAGUUCACAAUGAAAAAUCUUAAGCACCAAAAGAAUGAGUUUGUAAUGGAAGUAGGAAAGCAUAGUGUAUCAGUUGUGUGUAAAAAUAAAAGAGAUGGAAAACAUAGAGCUUCUCAAGCCAUCUUACAACUUCUACAUCCACAUAUUAAUUCAUGGGGCUCCUUACUAAGAAUGUAUGGAAAAGGCUCAUGCAAAACCCUUAAAGAGAAAAAAAUAGAAGAACAGUUGAUAACAGAACUUCAGAGUCAAGCUUGUGCAAAUAAACCUAAUAUGUCUAUACUUAACAAACUUAAAGAAGAAAUGCUAAAAUUUAGUGAAAAAAUGAAAUCUAAGAAGCCUAUUGGUAAACUGAUACCAGAACAGAUGGAUUUCUUAUCAACUUCAGAUUCUAAUUUAAAGAAUGUAGAAUUGUGAAAAUUAUUUUUAUCUAACUAAGUACAAAU